CAAAACAAGUGAAGACCAGCGACCAGGACAUAGGGAAGAGCGAGGACUUUGCUUGGACUGCUAUACCUUUUCAUACUAAUUUUAUGGUGUGACUGCAAGGAUUUUUUUCUAUCCUGUUUUUUGGGAAUACGCGCCUGUCACAUUUCUAUUGGACACAACGAAUGCAAACACCUGCGGAUUGUUGUAUAGCUACCAACCAAACACCUGGCGGAAAUGGCCUCGCUACCUCUUAGAUGUGUCUUUGCUUUGGCUGUAGUGCAAGUGGUAUCAUCUUCUGGUGUGUUCGAGCUGAAAGUCCAUUCGUUCAACACUGCUCAGCGCAUAUGCAGAAGGCAUAGGGACUGUCACAUCUUUUUCAGAAUUUGUCUCAAACACUCAGAGGACGUCAUCCAUGCGGAGCCACCAUGCACUUUUGGAACAGGACACACCAACGUCAUAAGCGCAGAUCAGACCUCAAUUUCCAGCAGCGCUCCUAUUAGAAUACCGUUCCAUUUUAAGUGGCCGGGAACAUUUUCGCUGAUCAUUGAAGCAUGGAACGCAGAAAUCCCUACAGAAUACACAGACAACCAAAACAACCUGGUCAGCCGCUUGGCUACCAGAAGAAGACUGGCCAUAGGCGAGGACUGGUCUCAAGACGUCCACUUCGGAGAGCAGAGCGAGCUGCGCUACUCCUAUCACGCAUUCUGUGACGAGUACUACUUUGGCGACAGCUGCGCCGAAUACUGCAGACCCCGCGAUGACACUCUGGGCCACUACAACUGUGACGUGGAGGGAAACAAACAAUGUCUGGAGGGCUGGAAGGGCAACUACUGUUCUGAUUCCAUCUGUUCGGCAGACUGCAGCGCGAGGCAUGGCUACUGCGAGGCCCCUGGGGACUGCAAGUGCAGAAUGGGUUGGCAGGGGCCCUCUUGCAACGAGUGUGUGCGCUACCCGGGCUGCCUCCAUGGCACCUGCGUCCAGCCGUGGCAGUGUGACUGCAAGGAGGGCUGGGGCGGCCUCUUCUGCGACCAGGACCUAAACUACUGCACCAACCAUCGGCCGUGUGCCAACGGUGCCACCUGUACCAACACAGGCCAGGGCAGCUUCACCUGUAUCUGCCGCCCGGGCUACGGUGGCACCAACUGUGAGCUGGAGACCAACGAGUGUGACAGCAACCCCUGCAAGAACGGAGGCAGCUGCAAUGACCUGGAGAACGACUACUCAUGCACCUGCCCCCAGGGCUUCUAUGGGAAGAACUGUGAGAUCAUCGCCAUGACGUGUGCCGAUGGGCCCUGUUUCAAUGGAGGAACCUGCAUGGAGAUGCUGACGGGGGGCUAUUCCUGCCGUUGCCCUCCCACCUACACUGGCUCCAACUGCGAAAAGAAACUGGACCGCUGCAGCAACAGCCCCUGUCUGAAUGGCGGUGAGUGUCUAGACCUGGGUCAUAGCGUGCUGUGCCGCUGCCACUCGGGCUUUACCGGCGCCAACUGCCAGUUCAACAUCGACGACUGUGCUUCAGCGCCGUGCCAGAACGCUGGCACCUGCCAGGACGGUGUGGACGACUACACCUGCUCAUGCACGCUGGGCUACGCCGGCAAGAACUGUAGCCUGCGCUCAGAUGCCUGUGGCCGCGGUGCCAGUGCCCAGCCCUGCCAGAAUGGCGGCACUUGCUUCACCCACUUCACGGGGCCCGUGUGCCAGUGCCCGUCGGGUUUCAUGGGACCCAGCUGCGAGUUCACACUGCAGCCCAGCUUCCAUCCUGCCCCCCGACUGACCAAUAAACCUUCCUCCACAGCCCUCACAGCCUCCUGUGUCCUGGCGUUACUCGCCCUUGGCCUGGCGAUGGGCAUUGUGGUGCUGCGGCAGCGCUGGCUGAGUGGCAGGAAGCAGCUGAAUGACACGGCGGUGUUCAACGACCUGAAGACGGGGAUCAACCGCUUCCCCAGUGAGAGAGAGGCUUUCAUGGCGGCUAGUGGCCUGUUCAAGAUCAGCAACAGCGACCCGCGCCUCAGCAUGGCUUCACUUGCAUCGCUUAGACCCACAGAUGACAGGACGGGCCGGGGACUUGGGGGGGAGCGCCACUCAUUCUCCCCUGGACAGGACUACCUCUGGAGGGGGGACAGCGGGGCUGGGCUGAGAUGAGCCACUGGCCUGGACCCAAGAUGGACAGAAAAGGAGACUGGACAGCCAAACACCUGGGGAGUGAGAGACAAAAACUGGGAGGAAGAACAGCGGAUCAUUAGCACUUAUUUUUCUCUCAUUUUGAAAUGUUAAGUUAAUGAAGAAAAAUACAAACUGCUUGAAUGUUUGGAAAUUAUUCCCCUCAUUCUGAAAAUGUUUGCUACACAUUUUGACAAAAAAAAUUAUGUUGGAAAACAACCUUGUGUCAUGAAGAAGAAUAGUAAAUGACCUCUUGAUGUAUGGGAACUUUAGGAAAUCUCCUCAGAGAAAGGUCUUCCAUGUCAAAUAACCCAAAGAGAUGACUACCAAUUCCUCAUAACUACUUACGAUGGACACUGACCUAUCAAUGCACUUGCUCCAACACAGUGAUAUUGACCAAAUGACUCUGGAAGAACCAUUUAAACCAAAUACAGGAAGACCUGAUUCUCUGACCUGUACUUUUUUUGGAAGACAAUAGACUGUUAUCAAUGACCAAGGAGAUGAAUACAGCAAAUAUAUUCAACUUUUUCCACUGUUUUUGUUUCUAAGCUCAUUUCACCAGAACUCUGAUAUUAGCAAUUCCAAAAGAUAAAACAUAUAUAUUUUUCAUUUUAAAAUUAACUAUUAUUUUUGUCAACAUACCAUUUCCUAAGAUGAAACUAUCAGUCGUUAUACCAUCAUUUUAUUUAUGUUAUUUAUUAAACUCAGCAAAAGAAGAAAUGUCCCUUUUUCAAGACCUGUCUUUCAAAGACAAUUUGUAAAAAUCCAAAUAACUUCACAGCUCUUCAUUGUAAAGGGUUUAAACACUG